UGACCUAAAAGAGAGGAGUGGCCUAGUUUAAAAGAGGCCUACCGUCACACCCCUGCCCCCAGCACAGCCAUCACGACCGACUCGGGACAGCCACCACCGCAAAGGCGAAAGGCAGUUCCGGGCCGCCUUCUUGUAUACAGUGGGGGCUCCCAGGAUGCCACGCGGCGCCUACAGCUCCCACCAUGCAGCGCAGCCUUCACGCCCAGGUCGCAUCUCUGCGGGAGAGGCCGACGCAGCCGGCGAACUACAAGUCCCAUGGUGCAUGGCUACCGGAAGCGCGGCCUCCCUUGGCCCUGCCUGAGCAGGCCUGCCUGGCGAGCUGGGACAUGUCUGGCCCCCGAGGACAGCCAGUAGGCGAUGGCUGCGGUGACGGAGGGGCUGGAGCCCGAGACAGCGGCUGUAGAAGAUGCUGCAAGAGAUGCUACAGAUGCUGUGGAUGCAGGGCUGGGGGCACCCCCUCUCCUGGUUGGGAACCGGCUGAGCCUGGACCUAUACCCCAGGGGCUGCCACCGGCUGCUGCACCUGUUUGCCCAGCAGGUCGGUCAGCUGCUGGAGGUGGAGUUCCUGCAGCUGAGUGGCCACGAGGACCCUCAGCUGCUGCAGGCCACCCUGGCCCGUCUGCCCUGGAGCCUGCCACGCCUCCGCUCCCUGGUCCUCAAAGGUGGGCAACAUCGGGACGCUCUGGGUGCCUGCCUCCGGGGCUCCCUCGCCACGCUGCCCGCCAGCCUGAGCGGCCUAGCCCACUUGGCCCACCUGGACCUGAGCUUCAACAGCCUGGAGACAUUACCAGCCUGUGUCCCGCAGUUGUGUGGCCUGGGUGCCCUCCUGCUCUCUCAUAACUGCCUCUCAGAGCUGCCUGAGGCCCUGGGGGCCCUCCCCGCCCUCACCUUCCUCGCUGCCACCCACAACCGCCUGCAAACGCUGCCCACAGCACUGGGGUCCUUGUCCACCCUGCAGCGCCUUGAUCUCUCUGAGAACCUGCUGGUUGCUCUGCCCCCUGAGAUUGGAGGCCUGAGCAGCCUGGCCGAGCUCAACCUGGCCUCCAACCGGCUGCAGGGCCUCCCUGCCUCCCUUGCGGGCCUGCGGUCCCUGCGGCUCCUUGUUCUGCACAGCAACCUUCUGGCUUCGGUGCCCGCUGGCCUGGCCCACCUCCCGCUGCUUGCCCGGCUCGACCUGAGGGACAACCGGCUCCAGGACGUGCCCCCCGAGCUACUGGAUGCCCCCUUCGUGCGCCUGCAAGGAAACCCCCUGGGUGGGCCUAGCCCCGACCCCCACAGUCCUCCAGGGACACCCGUGGUCCUAGAAAUGCCCAGACUGUUGCUGACUUCAGAUCUGGACAGCUUCGCCGUGACCCCCCUAGGCUGCUCUGUGACCCUGGCCUGCGGUGUUCGUCUGCAGUUCCCUGUGGGAGCCACUGCUACCCCUGUUACCAUCCGCUAUCGACUGUGGCUGCCAGAGCCACGCCUCGUCCCCCUGGGUCCCCAUGACUCUCUGCUCAGUGGUGUCCUGGAGCUGCAGCCCCAUGGGGUGGCCUUCCAGAAGGAAGUGGGCCUGUGGCUGCUCUUUGUGCCCCCACGGGCCCGGCGUUGCCGUGAGGUGGUGGUCAGGACCCUGAGUGACAAUAGCUGGAGUGACCUGGAGACCCACCUGGAGGAAGAGGCGCCCAAGCGGCUCUGGGCUCGCUGCCAGGUGCCUCACUUCUCCUGGUUCCUCGUGGUUUCGCGCCCUGUGUCUGACUCCUGCCUGGUGCCACCAGAGGGGACAUUGCUGUGCUCCUCAGGACAUCCAGGGGUCAAGGUCACAUUCCCCCCUGGGGCCACUGAGGAGCCCCGUCACGUCCGCAUGCAGGUGGUGCGCGUGAGCAGCAGAGAACUGCCGGCCCUGCUGGGAGAGCCUGAGGCGGCCGCCAGCCCCCUGCUCUACCUCUCCCAGAGCGGCCCCCCAAGCUUCCUUCAGCCAGUCACUGUGCAACUGCCUCUGCCCCACGGCGUCACAGGCCUGAGUCUGGACCGCUCACACCUGCACCUGCUGUACCGGGCCCCUCCCGCGGCCACCUGGGAUGACAUCACGGCGCAGGUGGCGCUGGAGCUCACCCACCUGUAUGCUCGCUUCCAGGUCACGCGCUUCUCCUGGUACUGGCUCUGGUACACCACCAAGAACUGCGUGGGGAGCCUGGCGCGGAAGGCCUGGGAGCGGCUGCGGCUGCACCGCGUGAACCUCAUCGCGCUGCAGAGGCGCCGGGACCCCGAGCAGGUCCUGCUGCAGUGCCUGCCCCGCAACAAGGUGGACAGCACCCUGCGGCGGCUGCUGGAGCGGUACCGUGGCCCGGAGCCCUCAGACACCGUGGAGAUGUUUGAGGGUGAGAAAUUCUUCGCUGCCUUCGAGAGGGGCAUCAACGUGGAUGCUGACCGUCCAGACUGUGUGGAGGGCAGGGUGUGCUUCGUCUUCUACUCACACCUGAAGAACCUGAAGGAGGUGUACGUGACCACAGCCCUGGACCGGCGGGCUCAGGCCGUGAGGGGCCAGGUGUCCUUCUACCGGGGAGAGGUGCCAGAGGAGGUGCCUGAGGAGGCGGAGGCUGCUCGGCGGAAGAGGGCUGCAGACGCCCCAUGGAUGGCCACCCUGCCCAUAAAGCUGCCGAGACUGCGGGGAUCCGAGGGCCCAGGGCAGGGGGCUGGCCUCUCCCUGGCACCUCUGAACCUGGGCGACGCCGAGACUGGGUUCCUGACACAGAGCAACCUGCUAAACGUGGCCGGUCGCCUGGGCCCCGACUGGCCAGCCGUGGCCCUGCACCUGGGUUUGCCCUACCGUGAGCUGCAGCGCAUCCGGCAUGAGUUCCGGGACGACCUGGAUGGGCAGAUCCGCCAUAUGCUCUUCUCCUGGGCUGAGCGCCAGGCUGGGCAGCCAGGGGCUGUGGGGCUCCUCGUGCAGGCCCUGGAGCAGAGCGACCGGCGGGACGUGGCCGAAGAGGUGCGGGCUGUCCUGGAGCUUGGCCGCCGCAAGUACCAAGAGGGCAUCCAGCACACAAGCCUGGCCCCCGGGGACCCUGGCCCACCUGGUUCUCCAGCAUCACAGUCCCCCGAGCCUGCCCAGGCCUAGAACCUACCGACUUUGGGCUGGUCCCUGACAUCCUCUGGCCAAUGACUAGAGGCUCCCACUUUGAAACCUUCCCUGGGUAUGGGGACAGCGACCCUGUCCUCCUUGUGUAACAAACGUGCACCAUCCUGGCUGCUGUCUCAGAGCUCAGUUUAUUUGCUGGGUGGAGAGUCAGGUAGAAGGCACGAGGAGGCCAGAUCAGAGGCCUGGCCCCUGCUGCGAGGGUCCCCGGCCCAGCGCCUCCUCUUGGUCCUGGUCUCGGGGAGAGAGGGGGCCCCAGCUACAGAGUAACGGCCGCAGCCCCGUUGGAUACAAAGUCACUCUGUGCGGGAUUGCUCAUCUGCCCUUUGGUGACGGUGAGGAGCGGGUCCCAGCACCCGCUCCUCCCCUAGGACACCUCGUCCCAGCGCACCUCGCCAUCCGCUGGCCCGACGGGAGUAGUCCCUGGUC